ACGAGGGCUGUUUCUCAGAUGAAUGAACAAGACCAAGAGUCCCAAAUAAAUGUAGAGUCCAACUUUACCGAAACACCUCCAAGGGACAGUCCUCAAGAUUUACCAGUUGACAACUCAGAGGAAGAGUUGUCGGAGAACACGACUACCCCUCAACUAAGACCAGAGGACACUGACAACACCAUUCAGCAACCAGAGAUUGUUGAAAUCAGGAACGUUGGAGCUGAACAAGCAGAAGUAAUCCAAUCUUGGGAUACGGCAGUUGACAAACUUCUAAUACUGUCAACAAAGAUGGAAAGGGCGGCAGACGCCAUGUCCAGUGCAACAGAAAAGAUUCCGGAGUUUGUUCAGGCUGCCAACCUCAUGACCAAAGCUCUCAAUCUAGUAUCCACUAAGAUUGACAGCUUGACACGUGCCACAGAGUCCAUCCAGGACUCUCAGAGAGCCCAUAGAAACUCAGAGGCAGAAAGAAAUCAAUCAGAGUCGAAUUCAGAGCAGGCCAGGGCCAACAUGGCUACAGGCAGUCAGAGAGUCAACGAUCAGGCGAAUAAGGACACUAAGUGUUUCCGAUGCAACAAACUCGGUCACAGACUCAUUAACUGUCCUCUAAGCCAGUAUGGACUCUGGUACUGCUUUUACUGCCAGGAUUUCGAGUACCACAAGGGAGAUGCAUGCCCAAACAGGAAUCAUCCUAAAGAUGGAUAUGUCAAACCAGGAAGACAAUGAUUCCAUUGAG